AUGAACGCGCUGUCGUCGUCCCAGGAGGCCAAGGCUUUCAUCAACAGAAUACAUGCUGCUUGUCAAGCUCUACGAGAACUUCCGGUGCCGGUGAUUGCACGAAUACAUGGAUUUUCGUUGGGAGCUGGGUUGGAGAUUAUGGCUGCAUGCGAUCUACGAAUUGCCACGGAGGACAGCACGUUCGGCAUGCCGGAGGUCAAGGUGGGGAUUCCGUCGGUUGUAGAAGCGGCCCUACUGCCCGGACUCAUUGGAAUGGGACGCUCGAGAAGGCUGCUCUAUCUUGCGGAGAACAUUCCUGCGCGGGAAGCUUUCGAGUGGGGAUUGGUAGAGAAGGUUGUGGAUGAUGAAACUACACUGGACGCUGCUGUCAAGGAGUGGGCGGAGACAAUCGCUGGGACGGGACCGAAGGCCAUUCGCAUUCAGAAGACGCUCAUGCAGUCGUGGGAGAAUAUGACUGUUGAUGAGGGCAUCCACGCUGGAGUAGAAGCUUUUGCUGAGUCAUAUCGUGAUGGUGGCAGAGAGCCCAAGGAAAUGAUGGCCAAGUUCAUCAAUCGAAGGAGAUAG